AUGUAUCCUUUGAUGUGUUUAUACAUAUAUUGCGUGGCCCUGUCUGCGACUGUUGCGUCUCAACAAUUUUGGCACGAAGAUGAAUUUUGUCGGAAUCUAAACUCCCAAUAUGUUUGGAACCAAAAUGUUGAUAGUAUUGUUACGAAUAAAAAUUUUACGUGCGUUAAAGACUGGCGGUCGUACAGAAGUGACAUGAGCGUGAUAGACAAUGCAAGGCUUUUGUGUCGUGAAUUUGAUUCACUGACCUUUGUUUGGGAUGAUAAGAGAAAUGCAACCACUUACAACGAUCCGGUACUAAUAUUUGUCGAGUUUUUGUCUUACAAUACAUCGCGUGUAGACAUGCGUAUAAUAAAGAAGGUGAACUCGUUGUCAUACAUCCGUUUCGACGAUCUAAUGCCGAACACUGAACACGCGGCUAGGUUUUGGACGGUGACGGACGGCAUCGUAUACCGCGUAAUGGACACGCCGGUCCAUAAGACACUAGACAAAGCACGCGUCCCAGACCCUGUUCGCGCAAUCCAAAUUUCUGGUUUCAAUAAUUCGUUGAACACAAAAAAUAAUAAUUCUAGAUCGAUCGAAACGUCGCUCACGUGGGAACGAUCAAUAGACAACAAUUGCAAUUACAAAAUCAUAUAUUAUCCAAAGAAGAUGGAAAUUCCGAAAUGGUUUUAUCUGGAUGUCGCCAAGUCGUAUCCGGUCACGCUGACUUCCCUGACCAUUGACAAUGUGUACACGGUGUCGAUACGGGCGUACUAUAGGAAAACUUCACCACCCAUAACCAGUAAAAACAUCAUCUUUGUGUUCUCUACACCCUCAUGUCUGGAACGUUUUGAUCCGAUCUCAUGCCCUCCCGGGACACCGUACAACUUGUCGGUGGACGAGACGUUGGACCGAGGUGAGGGAAGGUACAACGUGAAGAUGAGCUGGAAGAGUCGGAAUACGGGCGGUGUGGGCGUCGAUUAUUUCACCGUCAAGUUGGAUGGCGCGAAGCAACAGGUGCCGGGGACAGUCAACAACGCGUACUUCAAGGACGUGCCGCUUAGUGAACAUUACUUCGCGAGCGUGCAGGCGUUCUCGCGGACGGACCACAGCGACGAGACGGUGGUGCGCGAGCCGCGGCGUAUUAAGUACAUACAGGGCUCGGUUGACCAUGGCUCGUUUUACCUGUGGACGGCCGCUGCGUUCGCGUUCUGUUGCAUGGCACUCACGCUCGGCCAGUACGCGUACGGGCGUUGGGCGGCCGAUGACGACCGUAAGGCGAGCGCGGUGGUCGCGGCCGGUGUGGGAUACGACAUGGCUGCACUCCAGGGCCUGGACGACGUGGACGUAGUACUGAGACGCGAAGACGUGAUCGUGUCCGACGUGGUCCUCGGUCACGGAAACUUCGGUGAGGUCCGCAAGGCCGUGCUGAAAACGGACGGCGGCGAGCUUCCGGUGGCCGUCAAAUGGUUGCGCGACCAUCCCACCGGUCGUGAAUCGGAACGGUUCAUCCAUGAGAUACUUCUCAUGCAGACGGUUGGAAAGCACGUCAACAUCGUGUCCAUGAUCGGCUGCUGUUUGGACGUGAACAAGCGGUGCAUGCUGGUCGUCGAGUACUGUCCGCUGGGUGACUUGCAGACGUACUUAAGGAAGAUCAAUAUAAAAUCGUGGUACGUCAACGAUUUUAAUGUCGAUCGAGUAGGUCUACCGAUUACCGUGAACGACAAGGAGAAUACAAUGUUAGACACUGGAAAUACGUCGUUGGCGACUAACGGUGGAUCACCACCGAUGGUCUUCAACAAUUGUUACUUGUACCACGACGAAGAAAACGUAUUCUUAACAAUUGAAGAUUUGAUACGCUUCGCCAGCCAAGUGGCAAACGGAAUGGUAUUCUUGGAACAGAAUCACAUAGUACAUCGAGACUUGGCUGCCAGGAACAUAUUGCUGAGCGAUUACCAUACGAUAAAGAUUUGUGAUUUUGGUCUAAGUCGCGAUAUUUAUGAACAGAAUCACUAUAAGAAGUCAAAUUGCGGUGAUCCGCUGCCCAUCAAGUGGAUGGCUCUGGAGUCGCUCAAGUAUCGGGUUUACACGACUCAAAGCGACGUAUGGUCGUUUGGUGUACUUCUCUGGGAGAUCAUGAUGUUAGGAAGUAUUCCCUAUCCUACCAUAUGUUUAUCAAAGAUAUACGAAGUACUGCGCAGGGGUUAUCGAUUGCCUAGACCUAAUCUAUGCUGUUACAGACUUUAUGAAAUUAUGCUUGGAUGCUGGCAGUCCAACCCAGCCAACAGGCCGAAAUUUGCUUCAAUCAAAGACGCAAUAGAUGGAAUAAUGGAAAAUCAAUACUCAUAGUCUUUAAAUUUUCUACCAAG